AUGCAGCAAAAUUAAAGCAAUCAAGAAGAUGAUUAGCCUAAUAACAUCGUGGACAAUCUAGAAUUUUAAUCUGUUCUUGACAGUAUUUAUUGCUUUAAGUAUUUUAAGUUCAAAAUCUAAAUGAUGAUUAAUUUUAAGAGGAAACACCAGAAUAAAACAAUUAAGCUUCAGAUGCGAACAGAUAAGAACGUCAUUUACAUUUAAUUGCUCACUAAUUACAUAAAUAAAAUGAGCAACAACCAUAGCUUGUUUUAGAGGGUGAAUUUUAUAAAGUUAGUCCUCAUUUGUUGGAAACGAAUUCUGUAAAGCUUAUUAUAUAUUUUACAGACAUAUUAUUGCACUUUACAAUAAAAAAGAUUUACUUAUUACAACAUAAAAAAUAAAGAUAAACCUUUAGGAAUUUUGGACUUUGAUUAUUAAAAAUACAUCUUUUCUUUUGUGAAAUCAAAGGAUGACUAAUACAUUCAGAGUUUCAUGUAUAUAUUUAAAUAUAAAAGAUUACAGCCAGAAGGCUGUGAGAAGAAAUUCGAAUUUGUAGUUCCCACUAGAACCAGAGACUAGUCAAAAUAGUGGGUUCAAUUAAUUCAAUAAUACAUCUAUUAAUCAUAUGGAUGUCAAAAUAAUAUAACGAGCAUGUCUAGAUAUCAUAGAUUUUGGAGACAUGAACGAAUUUUGGACCCUCAAAUUUUAAAUUAGGCUUAAACAGGGGAUUUAUUGAUAUUUCGAACAAGAGGAACACUUUAAAAUUUGUAAAGAUCUAUCACUAGAAGUGACUAUGAUCACAUUGUCAUGUUUCUUAAGAACUCUUGGGAAGAUCCAAUGCUCUUUGAGUCUAGCAAUUAAUAUGGAGUCAUCUCCUUUAGUUAUAGUAUUCUUUUUAGUGAUAACCUUAGAACGCUUUGUCAAAGCCAAAUCUUACGAAAAUUAUGAAAAGUAAUAGUUCUUUCAAAUUAAAGGAUUCUUUACAAGCCUUUGCUGAAUGUGUCUGAGAAUGAUCGUAUCCUGAUGCAUGCCUAUGCGGAAGCCCAAAUUGGGAAAGGUUACUCUUUGAGCAUGAUGAAAUUCUUUAAGAAGAGCACGAGAAAAAAGUUUUUUUGUUCAGAACUGAUUGCUUACAUCUAUCAACUGAUGGGAUUUAUACCAGAAACAGAGAAGUGUUGUUCUUUCUUACCAGGUUAGUAUCAACUUAUUAGACUUAUAGGCAAUUUUACAGAUGAAGAUAAACGAUUAGAUUUACUUAAAAAUGCUUAGCUAGGACCUGAUUAUAUUGUGGAUUUUUAUUAUCUAUAAUGA